GAAGACAUCUUGCGGUCUGUCACGGUCGCUUACAUUUGGGUUCUCAUUUAUGGAUAUUGUAUACGUUACUAUUUUAUCAUAUGAAAUCUAUAGGAUUCCAAAGUGGGAAAAAUAUGUUGCGUAUGAGCUAAUAGACGCAAUAGGAAAAUUUCCUUGCUAUGACGCGAUGAUUCCCUUUUAGAAUGUCUUGGUAUCAAAUAUAUCUGUAUUCAAAGUUGAUGUUAAUAUGAACGAAUAAUUUAACAAAGUGUGCCAGAAGCUCAAGGAAUACACAGAAUGGUGACCUUGAAUCUUUUAGGUAAGCAAAGUGGGCAUGGACGGAAUGGUCGAGGAGAACGGCACGUCUGGCGCAGCAGGCGUCGCGGAUCCUCUGUCGAGCGCGGGGUCCUCGGCCAGCGCACCGCACGUCGUCGUCACCAGCAUCGUGCAACUCACGUUGCCAACACAAGCGCCAUCAGCACAGGUGCAAUCAGUUAUACAACCUAAUCAGCAGUCAGUUAUUCAAACAGCAUCAAAUAUUCAACCAGUGCAAUUACCAAAAGGAAAUGUUAUAUUGGUCACUAAACCAAGCUCUGUUAUACACACUACCCAGGGAACUUUACAAACAUUACAGAUAAAACCUGAACCAAACACCAUAUUAAGUGCACAAGGGCAAUCUAGUGACGAUAGUAGUGAUGAUGAAAGCCCCAAAAGAAAAUAUAGAGAGAUGUUAACUCGUCGCCCUUCAUAUAGAAAAAUUCUGAAUGAUCUUGGUGGUGCAGAGAUUGCUGAAAAUCGCAUGGGAACUAAAGGAUUGGAAAGUGAAGUGUCGCUGUCGCCUUUAUCCUUUGCGCCAGUGAUUCCAGCCGGAGCGCUGCAGACUGAAAGCGGAUUGCACACGCUGGCGGUGUCGGGGACGGGUGGCGGCGGUGCCAUAGUACAGUACGCCAAUCAAGAUGGACAGUUCUACGUACCGGGGCCAAUUCUAGAAGAUCAAACACGGAAACGUGAGUUAAGACUACUUAAAAAUCGAGAAGCAGCCAGAGAAUGUCGACGAAAGAAGAAAGAAUACAUCAAAUGUUUGGAAAAUAGAGUUGCAGUGUUAGAAAACCAAAACAAAGCUCUUAUAGAUGAACUAAAAUCUCUCAAAGAACUGUAUUGUCAGCAAAAAACAGAAUGAGAUCCAGCCGGCUAACCAGGUGUGCCGCUGCCCUGCCGGUAAGAGCUUAGAGGCACGCUAAAGAAAUACUUUACUGUGUACAGAGUACUCGGUUGUGUCCAGGUUGAGUGCCGAGGUGGACUACUGAAAUGUUUAUGAAUAUAAUAGGAGCUGAUUCUAAAUGAAUCUUUGGGAGAAAACGUUAAUAUACUUUUAUUUACUUUUUUACUCUAGUAAAGAUUCUCCGCCAUUAUCAGCACUUAGUCAUAGUUCUAAUGCCUACACGUAUACAAUUAUCGAAAUGGAAAAAUGUCCAGAAGAGAAUAUGUUACCAUUCAAAAUAUUUAAUUUUAUUUACAACAGAUGAGAACUAAUUACACAAAUAUAGAAGAAUCGUAACUAAGAGAAUGUUGUUAGUAAGAGAAAGUAUUUAGGUUGGCCGCUCACUGUAUGUAGCCGCACUAUUAAACAGACAGCUGACGCCAUGGCGCGACCUGUCAUUCUUUCAUAGCGCGUAAUAUUUAUAUCUGAUUUAAGAAGUGCGCAAAGACUAAUUACAUUUUCAUUAGCCUGCGCAAACAUGGGACAGACAUUCUUGACCGCCUAUUGCUCAGGAAGUUCCAAUUUGCCGGCAAACAAUGAAAUGGUUGCCGCAGUCAGGUUGCCUAGUGCGCGGCUAGCCUUAUAAAUAAAAACACUGACUUCAUAACUAAUAAUUUAAGAAUUGGACAUAUUUUAUGUACAGUUAACAAAGUCAGUUAUUUUUAUAUUCAUUUAUUGAUUGAAUGUAUCUAUAAUUUUACAUAUUCUUAAUAGUUUUAUAUGCAAAUUUUUUGUGGCAUGUGAAUGAAAUAAGAAAUAACUGAUUUAGUGGGAUUUAGACAAAUGAUAUAGUAGUGGUUCAUGUGAACAGAGCCAUAAACUUUUUUUUUUUUUUUUAUUGUCUUUUGCUCUGUGUCUAUACUUUGUUUCUACAAAGCCAGAGCAACUUCAAUCACACACAGAUCCACGUUAGUCGUUGAAUUUCGUAUUAUACUCUAAUAUUAGUUUUUUUUUUUUUCCAUAAAGCAAUGGUUACAAGGUCGGAGUUUUUUCGUUUCGCUAAUGACGGAACUAUUGAAAACCCUCCGAUUAACUAUUUCUCACAACGCAAACCAGAUCACGUUUUACUUAUUAAAAAAAACUGGAUGUAAUAUUUUAAUACCUAUCUAUCUUUAUUCACAAGUGUACAAUUUUCAUAGCUUUUGAACAAAAGACCUGUGGGUCUGUCAUAGUAUGGACGAACAUAUGGGACCCUGAAACGGAUAAAGCCACCAAAAAAUUUAUGGAUCUGGUUUGUACUUUUUGGUCUUAUAUGGUGGCUAACUAAUAGUUAAUAAAGUUCUAUCCAGCCCCUUUAACAUGACUAGUGCCAUUUAUUAAUAGCCUGGCUCCAAAACUAACAUUUUAUUUUUAAAGCAUUGCAAGCUGUUUUUUUUCAACUGGCGUGUGAUUUUGGAAUGUAAAGACAUUCACUAAUUAAAUUAAACAUUUAUCUCAUUCUGUGAUGAGGAAAAAGGUGAUAGAUUUUACCGAAUCUAAUUGUAUAAAACAAGUGUCGUAGGUUGCUUAGUAAUGUAUUCACAAUACUUCACGGUAUUUUAAUGGAUAAGCCAAAGUUAAUGUUUAGAUAUUUGUGCAAUAAUUAUUUUGCAAUGUACAGAUUUAGUAAAGUACCAUUUUUCAGCCCAUUAAAAAAGUUUAAUAUGACGGAAAUGAUGUGUACAUUAUGUAUAGAUAGACUAGAACCUAUGUAUAGUGUAUUUUAAAAGUUUCAAUUAUUUUGUACAUAAUAUAUUAUGUAUUUGUGAACGGAAGCUGACGUUGCAUAUCAUCUAAAUUAAUUCUCAAUUAUGCUGAUUAAUUGUAUUUAUAAAAGAAUCUUUAUACACAUUACUGUUUUAGAAUGGUUUUAAACGUCAUUAAUUUCGAUUCACGAAAAAUGUAAAGAUAGGUAUGUAUUAUUUUGUAAAAGGGUAAAAUAAAUUGAUUCUUAGGAAUAAAUAUAAGAUUUUUAUAUGGAUCAUUUGCCAUGAUUGAUGUGUAAAAUACCUAGAUAAUGUUAUAAUAGUUAUAAUUAAUUGUUUUAUUUUCAUUUACUUCAAAGUUGUUGUUAACUGACAUAACAGUCGUUUAUUAUGUUUAAACAUGUCUACCAUGGCAAGUGACGUAAGAUUAAUGUAAGACAUUGAGGAAAGUGCCUUUAAAUUUAAAAUGAAUAAAGUUUAUACCGACAUAGCUUCAUAUGUUAACUUAUGCUAUUUAUAAAUAUUAAUAAUAUUAACUGUUUUGAUGUAUUA